AAGCACAGAAACACAGAGAAGAGCAGCACAGAGAGAGCCAUGGCAUCUUUCUCCUCUUUCUCAGAAGAUCUGACUUGUGCAGUCUGUCUGAAUAUCUUCACUGAUCCAGUAACCCUCUUCUGUGGACACUCUUUCUGCAUGGAAUGCGUCACUGAAAUCUUGAAUCAGUGCCCACAGUGUCGGACAAUUAUUCCCACAGACAGGAUGGAUUUCACGACUAAUCACAUCUUGAAAAGUCUUGCUGAAAAAGCUAAAGAAACUCAGAAAAAGAAGGACUCUGGAAAGGAUAAUGAGGCUGCUGUGGGGUUUUGCCCUGAACACGACGAAAAGAUGAAGUUGUUCUGUCUCACCGAUCAGCAGUUAACUUGCAUUAUAUGCAGAGAUUGUGAAAGGCAUGAAGGACACAAGUUUAAACCCAUCAAAGAAGCUACUGCCUCACUAAGGAAGGAGGCAGAGACUCUUCUGGAAAAGGAUUCCUGUGAUAUCAGUACAUUAGAACUUCUCGCCAAGUCACAGAAUGAAGAAAUGAGAAAAUCCAAAGAAAAGUCUCAGCAGCUGAGGAGCCAGAUCAGCAGCCAGUUUCAGGAGAUGCACCAGUUUCUGAAAAGGAGAGAAGAUGAAAUAAUGAAUGAGCUGAAGUGCAAGGAGAAUGAUGAGAUUGAGAAGAUGAGAGAGAGGUUAAAUGUUAUUGAAAAAGUUUUAUCUGAAGGCAGAGAGCUUGUGGAAAAGAUUAAAUCUGCUGUAGAGAUUACAGAGCCUGAGAGUUUUCUAAAGAGCUGGUCAGAGUACAAGACUAUGAGGACACCAGAACCUUCAUCCAACUGCAGCGGAUCAAACCUCGAGGUGGUGAAUUCUUCUUUCUCAUUGGGACCAUAUGAGAGUCACCUGCAGUUUUUUGUGUGGAAAGAGAUGCUUCAGGUGAUCCAACCUCAAGCUGAAAAGCUUUUAUUUAAAAGCCUAGAUCCUCCUGUUUGGUCAAAUUGGUCAGGUGUUUCUUGUGCCUGCCAGAGGGGAAGCUCAAUAAAUUAUGGUGUUCUUAGCCAUUUUCCAUGUAGUUGUCAUCAAGCCUUUAGCAAUUUACUGUCACAAUGGCAGAAAUACUAUGGACUUCAAAAUAAUUAUGCACUUAGUGUAAAUCAGACCAUCCAAGGAUCACAUUAUUGUGAGAUAGAUGUUGAAGAAAAGAACUGUUGGACAAUAAAGAUACAAAAUAUUUCCUUGACAUAUAAAUAUAACACAUAUACAAUAACUGAUCAAAAAACCUCAGAAGAACUAAAGUUUGAAAGCAAACCUAAAAUAAUUGGCCUUUAUUCAAACAGGAGCACUGGGGAGCUCCAUGUGUUUGAUGCAGACAACAUGAAACAUGUUUGCUCCAUGACCUCUACUGUUACACCAACACCACCACAGUUUUCAUCUGUAAACUAGAAUGUGUGUGUUACCAAUGAAAUUGUUAGGCAUGGCCUUAAAUAGUGUGUUCAUGCUAGAACAUGUUGCAGUCUGGUUGAAAUAAAAACAAUUGUGUACAGAAGAGCGGGAAAAAUUAUUCAACAGUGAUAGAAAAGACUCACUGCCAAAGUAAACACUGGAUGGCAAAACUAGUUAAUUGCAUUUUAACAUAGGGCCAGGUUGGUUUGGAUAGACAGUUUUCGGUUAUUGUUACAUUAAAUAAUUUGAAAAUAUGUAUCUUGUAUUUACCAAAGUUAUUAUUUUUUUAUUAGCAUUUGUUUGAUGAUGUGAAACAUUUCACUAUGACAAAAACCAAAAACUAAAGAAUUCUCUAAGUGAGAAAAUAUUUUUUCACAGCAAUAGGUCUAUGACUGUGCAAACUGUAACAUUUACUAUUGUUGUCAUUUAUACAUCAUUUUGAUUCUCAUUCCUUAUUAGCUAUGUGGUUUUGUUUUGAGCUGUUUAAAAAAACUAUGCAUAACCUCAGAUUUGUUGUAAACAUAUUCAAUAACUCAUUUGAAUUUCAUCAAAAACUGAAGCAAAUCAUUCAUACCUAAUCCAUGUAAACAUGCUUAUGAAAAAUUGGGACUCAAAAUUAUUUAGUUUUCGUUUUAAGAGCUAAAUUUCACUGUAAAGUCUUAAAUUGCAUGACAGAAUCUGCAAUGUUAUUCUCUCUUGGUUGGUAUUAUAACAACGUGAAUGUAAAAGCUUGGCUGAUGUAAAAAUAAUAAAAAAAUAGCCUGUC